UUUUUGACAGAAUGCAACGUGUAUAAAGCGUCGAGCGCGGCUCAAACCGGGGUGGAUGUAUUGCGAGAUAUUCGUUUGAAAAAUUGAGCUGAUGAAUUAAAAUCAUUGUGUGUUGCCGAGCUACCAAGCGGUGGAGACCUUGCAUCGGAAAUACGCGGAUUGUUAGAUCGAUUGUGACGAGAACGGAAGAAAAGAAAAAUGAAUACUUUAGUGCCACUACUCUCAAUAUUUUUGGGAAUUGUGUGUACUGUUACAGCGCUGAAAGAAGGUGAAUGUGAAGUAUGCGUUGCUGUCGUGAACAAGUUUAGUCAAACAUUGACAGCAGAUAUUAAAGAAGAUACCAAAAAGAUUGAGGCAAAGUUUCGAGAAUUCUGUAAAAGCACCAAAUCAAAAGAAAACAGAUUUUGCUAUUAUUUAGGCGGGUUAGAAGAAUCUGCCACUGGUAUUUUGGGCGAGCUUAGUAAACCACUGUCAUGGUCUAUGCCUGCAGACAAAAUAUGUGAAAAGCUGAAAAAACGAGAUGCUCAAAUAUGCGAUCUAAGAUUUGAAAAACAAAUCGAUCUCAAUACGGUAGAUCUGAAGAAGCUAAAGGUACGGGAUUUGAAGAAAAUUCUUAAUGACUGGGAAGAGUCCUGUGAUGGUUGCAUAGAGAAAACGGACUUUAUUAAACGAAUUGAGGAGCUCAAACCUAAAUAUUCCAGUAGUAGCUCAAAGACGGAACUUUGAAGAACUGUCUUCAAUUUAGACAAGCAAUUAUAUUAGUAUGGCUAAAAUUCCUGUCUCUUCAAUUUGCGGAGGAAUUGUUUGCAGCAUUUAGAAAUGUAUUUAUUCGUGUCCGUAUAUGACUUUUGUAGCUUUGUGUUUCACAAAAGUUUAUCUUCAUUGACAGUCUCUUGAACUAAAACAUUUAGGUUCCAUUAAACGAAGUAGGAGAUAUUGUCACAAAACAAACGUUAGGAUGAAGCAAACAAUAUUGAGCAAUGAAAAUUUUGUUAAAAAACGUUUGAAGAAUUUCAUUUCUCUCCGAUGUAGCCAUGCUAAUAAUGAAUCUAUUUUAUCGAAGGUGCUCCAUUUUUAUGACAUCAGCAUUAAGUGUAAAUUUAUAUAUACAGCCUUUAUACGAGAAAUUAUUUUCACACGUAUUUAUCUUCAUUGCUCUUCCUCAGAUAGUGUAGUAAUUUGCAAAUAUGUCAAUAUAUCCGAAUAUUUAUAGACAGAGUACUAAAACGCAGUGUCAAAUGAUGUGUGUAAAGAGGUAGUUCAUCAAACUGUGUUAAAAUGAAUUCUUUUUUAAAUUGAUCAUGAAAUGUAUAUAUAAAUUUCUGGAAAAUUUUUUUAAAGACUUUGGUAUUGUUAAACUAUAUCUCGAUUGCGCGAAGUUCAAACAAAAUGCCAAUCUUUGAGAUAAGAAUUAUUUGUAUCGAUAUACACCAACUUUUCCAAUUAAACGCGAUACAAAUUUGUCUAUAUUCAAGGUACAAUAUUAAAAAAUUAAGGAUUAUGGUAAAAAAAGCAUAAUUAAUUGUAGAUAAGAUAUUGUCGCAUAUCUGAAUGUAUUACUCUGAAUAUCCCACUGAAUUCUUUAGUUCACGAUAAGACUGCGUAAUUGCGUUUUCUAUACAUUACAUUUGUGAAUCUUGAUACGAGAGAUUAGAAGGAAAUAAAAAGCAUAUGUGUUGUUACAAAA